AUGAGUGUGGGCAGGAUCAACCGCUACAGCAUUGUGUCAUCUGAGGAAGAGGGCCUCCGCCUCACUACCAUGCAUGGCAUGAACGGUUUUGGCAAUGGCAAAAUCCACACCCGCCGCAAGUGCCGCAACCGAUUCGUCAAAAAGAAUGGCCAGUGCAAUGUGCAGUUUGCCAACAUGGACGACAAGUCGCAGCGCUACAUGGCCGACAUCUUCACCACAUGUGUUGAUAUUCGCUGGCGAUGGAUGCUGGUAGUCUUCACUCUUGUGUUUGUUGUGUCCUGGCUAGCCUUCGGCUUAGCCUUUUGGGUCAUUGCUUUGCUACACGGAGAUCUGGAUAACCCGGCUGGGGAUGACAACUUCACUCCGUGUGUCCUACAGGUCAAUGGAUUUGUGGCUGCCUUUCUAUUCUCCAUUGAAACACAGUCUACCAUAGGUUACGGCUACCGCUGUGUGACUGAGGAGUGUCCAGUCGCUGUCUUCAUGGUGGUCUUCCAGUCCAUAGUGGGCUGCAUCAUUGACUGCUUUAUGAUUGGCGCCAUCAUGGCCAAGAUGGCGAGGCCUAAGAAGCGAGCACAAACUCUGUUGUUUAGCCACAACGCUGUCAUUGCCAUGCGGGACGGAAAGCUGUGCCUCAUGUGGAGAGUAGGGAACCUUCGCAAGAGCCACAUUGUAGAAGCCCAUGUCAGGGCACAGCUCAUCAAACCUCGGAUCACUGAUGAGGGGGAAUAUAUUCCUCUAGACCAGAUAGACAUUAACGUGGGCUUUGAUAAAGGCCUGGACAGGAUUUUCUUGGUUUCACCCAUCACUAUUCUCCAUGAGAUAGAUGAGGAGAGCCCCCUUUUUGGGAUCAGCAAACAGGACCUAGAGACAGCAGACUUUGAGAUUGUCGUCAUCUUGGAGGGGAUGGUCGAAGCAACUGCCAUGACAACGCAAGCUCGCAGCUCCUACUUGGCCUCUGAGAUCCUUUGGGGUCACCGUUUCGAGCCAGUCUUGUUUGAGGAGAAGAACCUGUACAAGGUGGAUUACUCUCACUUUCACAAAACCUACGAGGUGCCGUCCACCCCCCGCUGCAGUGCCAAGGAGAUGGUGGAGAACAAGUUCCUAGUCCCCAGCUCUAACUCCUUCUGCUAUGAAAAUGAACUGGCCUUCCUUAGCCGCGACGAUGAGGAGGAGGAUGUAGGUGGUGGGAGCAGGGCACUGGCAAACCUCAGUCCAGACCGAAACAGCCGACACGAGUUUGAACGCUUACAGGCCACCAGGGCACUGGAUCAAAGGUCAUAUCGUAGAGAGUCGGAAAUAUGA